AUGGCGGCGAUGGCGCCUCAGGGGCAGGCGGAGCACGAGCACGACCAUCAGCAUGGCCACCGGUCGGAGCCCAGCAGCAGCCACGCUGACCCCGGCGCGGCCGCCACAAGCAGCAUCGCCACCAACCGGUGGGGCCCCUACUCUGGCGCCGGCGACUUCGCUAGCAACAUGGCCGUCAUCCUGGCCGCCCUGCUGACCGCGCUGGCUCUCGCCCUGGCGCUCAACGCCGCCGUGCGCUACCUCCUCGGUCGCAGCCGCCGAGCUCGCCGCGGUCGCGCCGGCCCCAGCUCCGGGCAGAGGGACAGCGACGCCACCAGAAUCUCCGACCCGGAAAAGCCGCCCGUGGAGGCGCCCCCGCUGCCCACCCUGGUGUACUCCGCGGCGGGCACCAAGCUGGCGGGCGCCGCGGCGGAGUGCGCCAUCUGCCUCGCCGAGUUCGCCGACGGGGACGCCGUGCGCGUCAUGCCGGCCUGCCGCCACGGCUUCCACGCGCGCUGCAUCGAGUGCUGGCUCGCGGGGGGACGCCACUCGUCCUGCCCGACGUGCCGCGCGCCGGCCGCUGUUGCCGCCGGAGCUGCCGCCACCGCGCAGCCUGAGGCCGCCGCGCCAUCGUCGUCGUGA